AUGAUGGAUUAAAUCAAUCAGCUAAAGGAAUAAAUAAUCACUCUCUAAUAAAAUGAAAAAGAUUAUUAAGAUUUGAAUUUCUUAUUCACAAAUUUAGAACAUAGAUAUAAUCUAUUAGCAGAAGAAAAAUAAAGAAUGGAAAUUGAUUAUAAUCGCAGACAUGAAUUUAAUAUGCAAGCAGUAGCUAGACAUAGAGCAGAAAUUGAUUAAUUAAGAAAUGAACUAAUGUCUUGCUAAAAUAAUCAGGAACAAAUGGAAUAUUUGGUUUAUGAAAAUCAAGCUCUAACAGAUGAAGUAAAUAAUUUAAGAGAUGCAUAUACAAAAAUUGUUUAAUAAAUUUAAGAUUAAGAUGAAAAAUAUCAAACAACUCUAGCAGCAAAAUAAUAGUAUAUAGAAAGUUUGUAAUUUUAAAUCAAAUAAAUGAAUGACAUUUAGACUCAUAAAGAAAAAAAGUUUCAAGUUGAAAAUGAAAAUAAAUAGCAAUUCGUUAGUGAAAUGGAAUCUUAUAAGUCUUAAAAUGAAAAACUUACUAUAGAUAAUAAACAGUUAAUCAAAUAAAUCGAGAGAUUAGAACUUUAAAUUUAAAAUUAUAAAGAUUAACUUAAUCAAAUGACUUAAGAAAUUGGAAAAAUGCAACAUUAAAUGGGUAUGUUAACUAAAGAAUUAGGCAAUUAAAAUGUAUUUUAUAUGCUAUAUUCUAGAAAGUUUCUUCAAAGGAGUACUAAUUAGAUCAUGAACUUAAAUCUUUAAAGAAUAUGAACAUAUAAUUGCUUUAGAAAAAUGAACAUUAAUAACAAUAGAUAGAAUAAUUAAUUCAUAAUAAUUAGUAGUUGAUUAUCGAAUGUGACACUUUAAGAAUUAAAUUCGCUGAAUAAGAAAAUUCUAAAUUGAUGGUCUAAAAUUAGUAUGCUAAAUCUUUAAAUAAAUUUUAGGAAGAAAGGAAAGUUAUUAAAGAUUAUUUAUGUAAGUAUACCAUUUAUCAUUAGAAAGAUAAAAAGUCUUAAGAGAAACAAGAUUAUAAAACGAAAAUGAUGUUAGCAAAUGUUUAGAAGAAAUCACUAGAUUAAAUAAUAAGUGA